UUUUCCACAACACAGAACCAUGACACGGAAGUAAACAUUGUCCACUUCCCCCACCUCUUCCCAUUAUUUUGUUUACCUAAUUUAAAUUUCUGAUUUCAUAAAUUUCAUUCCAUCUUGUCGACUAGAUUUAAAUCUAGAUUAUAUAGAUCUGUCGGAAUUCAGUUAAAUGUCUGAGAUGUCAUCUACAAAUAUGCCGCCACCCUACCCUGGGCCUCCAGUCGAAUCAGGGCAGAGUCAAAAUCCACCUCCUAACCUUGGAUAUCCUGCGCAGUUUGAUGCCUCAAAGACUACUCAAGGUUAUCCACCAGCUCCAGGUUAUCCACCAGCUCCAGGUUAUCCAGAAUACCCAAUGCCUCCUGCAUAUCUUCAAGCUCCACCACCACCACAAUCCUUUUAUGCUUGGCCAGGAUAUGGGCAGCCUAACCAGCCUGGCAUAGGAUAUGGUCAGCCUUACAGCAUGCCAGCCAACUACCGCCAGGGGACAACCGUGGUCGUGGCUCAGCCUCCAAUAACAGUGGUCCAAACAUUUCGAGAUGUGCCGGUGCAUAUGAACUGCCCACACUGCCGUGCAGAGAUUGUUACAGGGACUCACUAUGAGACAGGAACAUUUACCUGGAUUAUUUGUUUUGUUCUGUUCUUUGUUGGAUGUUCCCUUGGCUGUUGUUUUUUUCCAUUCUGUGUGGAUGGUUGUAAGGAUGUCAUCCAUACCUGCCCCAACUGUCGCCAGCAGCUAGCCAGAUAUAGCAGGAUCUAAUGGGUGCAGUCAUGGGAAUGAAGCUUAUUUGGAUGAAACUCCAAGGCGCUGGAGAUUGCUAAGUGAAAUGACAUAUUACCACCAGUUAUUCAAGUAUAGAGCUCUUGAAAGUUAUUAUUAUUGAGUAGGAUUGUAAUUUUUUGUUUAUUUGUUUGUGUCUUUUAUCUAUUUUUAAGGCUUAUCGUCUUUUCACUAUCAUUCAGUCUCACUAUUGAGUUAAUGGCUAGACUUGAAUGUUAUGUUGAGUAUUACAUAUUAAUAUGUAAUCUAAUAAUAUAUCUUUAUUAUCCCUGAAAACAUUUGCCUUACAGUUGUGCAUUAGACAUAAAAAUACAGUUAACGAUAACAAAUGAAAAGCUCAUUAAUGCCUCAGUUUCACUAAAACAUUACUUGGAAAGUUGAGAUCAAAAAGCUGUAUUACAUUCGUUUUUGAGCAUCAAAGCUUCUAGUGGCACAACCAUUUUCUUUUUGCCAAAAUUAAUCAAAAUUUUUUUAUGAACUUAUAGAAAAACUGUUUAAAAGCCUGAAAACUAACAAUUGAUUAAUGGAUUCACAAAAGUCAUUAAGUUCUUAGACAUUUACCAUUGGCAUCUAAACAUUAUAUACUAGGAAUAAUUUGACUGCAUUUCAAGACAUAUUUGCUAUUACCUAAUAAUGAUAAAUAUUUUUUUUUCUUUUUAUAUUUGCACCAAAAAAAAAACAGCUACAUAUUUUAAAGUUUAAAAUUUAAUGUCAGUAUAAAAAUUCUUUGCAAUAAUGAAAAUAGUUAUAAUAUAAUACUAUUUUUUUUUUAUAAAGGAUAUAUAAAUAUAGUUAAACAUUUCUCAUUUUUUAUUUGAGUAAAGAAUUUUUAAAAAUUAAAGUUAUGAUGGUGUUGAUUAAGCAUUUAACUUUAUAAUUAACCUUGACUACACUUCUUUAUGACUGGAAUCUUAACAAAUGUUGGUUUAAAUUAAUAAUUUCUAAAAUGGGUUUUUAUUUAGAUUCUUUUAGUUUUGUAUACUGGGUAUUUAUUGACACUUUUACGUUUUGUAUCUUGGGUAUUUAUAGUUUCUACUCUAGUCUUGUAUACUGUUUAUUUUUUCAUUUACACCUGUUUUGCAUUUUAAAUUUUAUAUAAAAAAACAUAUUUUUUUUGACGAUUUAGUUUUGAAGUUGUCAAGUGGCUGAAUGUUGGCUGUUGAAUUGAUGGUCAACAAUUUAAUUCCUCUGUGGUAAACGUAUAGAGAUUAUAACAUUGAGAUUUCAGACCUGAACUUUAUGGGCCAAUCUGCUAUUCCUUUAUGGGCCAAUCUGCUAUUCCUUUAUGGGCCAACUUUGCUUUUCCAGGGUCAGUUCAAUGCAAUAGUUCUUUGUGCUGGUUACAAAACACAGUUUUAAACUUUUGAGCUAUUGCUAUUAGAAUCAAGUUGACAAGCAGUUAUGUGUCGAAGCCUUACUUUGAUUUAUUGAAGUCUGUCUGCUUUUAUUUUUGGUGUUUGUUUCACUGCUAUCUGAAGGGCCUAGAUUUUAAAACAUCCAAAUCUGAACCUCUGUUUCUAAUGGGACUGAAAUGUUGAAGUACAGUAAUGUAUGUCAUACUCCACUUUGCACUAAUCAAGUACAAGUUCUAUGUGUACAUAGUGAAAGCAGCUUUUUACUUGGAGGAUAAGUUGAAAGUUUAAAGGCUAUGUGGUAAGUAGGCUAGGCAUGAUUUUAUACUUACUGAAAUGUUAGCAUUAGUUCAACAACUUCUAUGAAACAUGUAUUCUGUAGGGUCCUAGAAGAUGUUCAACACUUAGAUGUUGUGUGUAUGUCUAACAUCCUUAUAGUCUUUCAUUCUAUUUCUUGUUGUGAUCUUAACAUUUGGGUGUGACAUGAUCAAAUGUUAUAAAAAGCAUGCGCUGAACACUUUUGUGAAGUUUUGUGUUACAGUUACUUCCCCUUGAUUGGAAGUUGAAAACUUAUUAGGUUGAAUUUUAUCAUGGUUUGCCAUCAAGACAAACCUCUGUAUUGUUUCCAAGACAAGGUGGAUUAAGAAAUACAACUUUUGACUAACCCUAACCCUAACAUUUACAUAAUUGCACAUAUUUUCAGACCAAAAAAAAAUCAUUUACAUUUAGUGUUUGUUUUGCAUCUUCUUAAUGUCCCUUCAUAUUUCCAUUGAGAUUUGAUUUUGUUGAAAAGGGGAACACCAGUGACCAACAUAAAUGCUCCAAUGGCCAUUAUCAUCCAAGCUUUACACUGUCAUAGUUUUUUUUUUGUCAUAAUUAUUUGUUGUGGUAAACUUUUGUUUGAUUUUUUCCCCAUCUCUCGUCUGAUAGAAACCAGACAUUGGGUAUAGAGCACUUAAAUCUCAUUUUUUUAAUCAUUUUCUGAAAAAGGGUUGUUAUUAUUUUGCAAUGGUUUUACCCAAAUUGAAAGAUCUUUGUUUCAAGUUUUGACCUAUAUCAUGUCUUUUCCAUUUUUCCUAUCUUUUUAUUGUUCUCUGUUUGUAUCAUUUGCUCAAAAUGAAGUUACCAAUGAACUCAUCCUGUUACAUUGUUAGUAGUUAGUUAAUAGUUGGAUAGCUAUUCAUAAAUAUAGUUUGUAACAAUUAUGUCUUAUGUCACUGCUUGUACACCUAUGUUUUGUGUUUAUUUAUCACAAACGAGACUUUAACCCAUACACGUCUAAGCAAUCUGUUCAAUUCAUUCCUGCUAUGUGGUAAGUUUUAGGCAUGAUUUUAUAUUUACUGAAAUUUUGGUAUUUUUACUCAAUUUUAUGGGAAGUAAUGUAUAAGCUCAACAACUUCUAUGAAACAUUUGAUUUUCACAUAUUCAUGUUAGUUUUAACUUACAUAUGUUUUUUCCCCAAAUGUGAGAAGAGCCCACAGGAUGUGCCAGUUAUUUUUCAAAUAUGAAAUAAUGUACUUGAAAUUUCAGUUACCAGUAUGAUGGAACAGGUCCAACACCAAGUGAAUAUAAAGAUAUCAUUUGGCAGUAAUUGAUGUGAAAAUUGUUGACAAAGUUGGAUUUUCUCUUAAUAGCCAUAGCUUUAAAAACAUUGGAUGGCUAGCUGGUCGUGCGUUUGCUCGCUAGACUGUCGUUCAGAAUUAUCGAUGGUCCAGGGCUCAAACCCUGCCCACUCCCAUCUCCCUUCAUCCUGCGGGAGAUUUGGACUAGGAAGUAAUUAUCUUCAACUCUGAGGGAUCAUCCGAAACAUAUAAAACAUUUUACUACAAACAAAACAAACAUUUAAAAUUAAUGUUUAAAAAAGAUACAUUGUUUAGAAUUAUUAUUGUAAUGAAGUAAAAACAUAUACAAUAAAUAACUAAUCAAUAAUUAGUAGUUAAAUAUCUCCCUUUGGUCUCACAUUAUUAGCAUAUUGCCAGAAAUGUUCAUAGCUGACCUCCAACAGAUCUGUUGGCCAUUAUCACAAAUAGGUGGCUGCCUGGUCGUGCGGUAUUUGCGCUGGACUGUCAUUCAGACAUCUCGAUGGUUCAGGAUUCAUACCCAGACUGCUGUAAUUUCCCGUUGUCUUGCGGGAGGUUAGGACUAGGAAGUAAAUUAUCUUCAACUCUAAAGGAACAUCUGAAACAUGUAAAACAUUGUAAGAACAAAUAAACUCCUUCAUGAAAAAAAAAAAAAAAAAAAAAAGAAUUUGACAGUUUUCUCCUGUUUUGAUCAUAACAUUUAAAGUUAGAUUUGUAAAAUGGCAUUUCAUUCAUUAGUUUGUUACGUAGUCCUUGGAGUCCUUCUCAUACCUACAGUUUGUUUUAUCUGGGUUUAGAUCUACAAUAAUUUUAAAGUUUCUAUCUCAGCCGCAAAAACCACAUCUCAUGUUGUUGUUUUAACAUCUGUUUAUGUUUUAUUGAUUGCUAAGUUCUAUAGCAGACACUUUGGUUUUAAAAAGUAUUUCACAUCAUUAAAUAGGACAAUUAUUCUAAUCAGUUUCAAGCUAAGCUAAAAAUAUAAAAGUAAGAUGUAUUUUAAGCUUACACAUCAGUUAUUUUCUAUAAAUUCUAAAAAAAAAAAAAUGGCCAGUAUUUUUUUUUGCUUUUAUUUGUUGUGAUAUAUUUGAAAAUAUACAUUUAUUUGAUCAUUUUGUUUUGAGUCUCUAGUAUGUGGUAUAAUUUCAUAUUGCAUUCUUAAAUUUUUAUUUUAAAUUAAAAAAUGUGUGGGAUAGUUUUUUAUUUCCUUUUUUUUCUGGUUGGAUAUUUCAUAAUUUUUUUGUUUGAAAAGUCAUUCUUUAUUCUGUCAUUUAGCAGUUUAAGAGGAAAUAUGAAUGAACAGUACCUAUAUAUUAGAGACCUCAUUAAAUACUUUCCUUUUAGUAAUUUUUUUUAAGGAUUAUGGUUUUGUGAAAUUUUUUUUUUUAUGCUUUACAAAAGUCUUAAAGUGUAAGAUUCAGUUUCUAAAAAUGUUUUCUUGAUAUUUUAAAUAUGCAAAAAGAAAAAAAAAAGAAAAGAGAAGCAUCAAUUUUAAACAAAAAAUUUGAUUUUGUAAGAUUUUUGUUUUAUUUAUAAAAAUUGAUUUCACUUUUUAUGAAAUAAAUAAACCGAGUGAAAUGCUA